ACGUCGUCAGCAUUACGCAUUCUCAGCCUACAAGCUCCAGUGCUAUAACAGCUAAACCUACGGACGUUAAUACUGUUCAUACUUCUGGUAAUUCAUCCAAACAUAUCAACGUCGUCAGCAUUACGCAUUCUCAGUCUACAAUCCCCAGUGCUAUAACAUCUAAACCUACGGACGUUAAUACUGUUCAUACUUCUGGUAAUUCAUCCAAACAUAUCAACGUCGUCAGCAUUACGCAUUCUCAGUCUACAAUCCCCAGUGCUAUAACAUCUAAACCUACGGACGUUAAUACUGUUCAUACUUCUGGUAAUUCAUCCAAAUAUAUCAACGUCGUCAGCAUUACGCAUUCUCAGCCUAUAAGCUCCAGUGCUAUAACAUCUAAACCUACGGGCGCUUAUUCUCCCAAACAUUCCAACGGCAGCAUUACUCCCUCCCAACCUAUGAGCUCAGGUGUUAUGUCUAUUAAACCUACGAGUGCCAAUACUAUUCUUAUUAAUACUUCUGGUAUUUCGUCUAAACAUGUCAGCCUCAGUAUUACACCGUCUCAACCUAUGAGCUCCAUAACAGGUACCACAAAAACAAGCAAAAAAUCGUUAGUCCUCGAGGUUUCAUUAAAGUACAAUGGUAAGUUCGAUAACAAACUUUACGAUAGACAAAGUUCGCAAUUCAAAAAUAUGAUGGUCAAAGUAAAGGAGGACAUUACAAAAGCGUACCGCCCAAUCAACGUGAACGUUUCAGUGUUUAUUAUUGCAUUCAAACCUGGAAGCAUCGUGUGUGAUGUACUUCUGGUUUUUCAAAAUUCGACACGUGGGGAUAUACCAUAUUUCAAGCAAACUCUUGAAAAGUAUGGAGAUACUCGUGGAUUUGAAGUUUCUGAACUAAAGUCUUACAAUAAUGAUGACGAUAAUGGUGAUGAUGAUGAAGUAAUCCUAGGAUUAGAUUGGUGGCAAAUUGGAGUUAUUAUCGCGGGAAUUGUUGCUUUUAUCCUUCUUAUCACUAUAAUUGUUUUGUGCUGUAAGAUUUCAAGAAUACAAAAAAAAUCAGGCAACGUGUCGUCAUAUGUUAGCGGACCGUUUUAUGAUAUCAUUGACGGAAAUGAGGAAAUGAAAAUUUUGCGAGCAACUCCAACAAGUACAACUAAAUUGUGUACAACAUCUGCUGAUGGAAAAGGAGAUGUCGAGUCGGGACAGCGGAAAGUAAACAUGUAUUCCUCCACGUCCUACACUGAUGUAAAAAAUGAUGGUCUUGUCAAGGAAACAACAUCAAAAAUCGGAAAAGAUAAUUCUGGAGCAGAUAUUAAUGACAAUGAUUACGUCACGAUUAUGGAGGAUGGGCCUGGUUCUGGCGACGUUCUUAAGCUGUAAUGACUCUAUAAACUUCACUCAAACAUCAUGCACUACCAUAUCCUCAAUAUUUAUAAGCAUGUCCUGCACCGUGUGAGGACCCCGAAACAACAUUUACAAUAUUAUAAACGAAUAUCAUUAUACUUGCAAAUGAUUAAAGCGAUUUUCAUUUUAGAACCAUUAAAAUUCGGUAUGUUAUACAAUAAAUCAUAAAGGCAAUUUAGGCUGUGAAAGUAAACUCUUGUUAUUGCAAAAAUAGUUAAAAUUUUCCCAUCAUGCGAGGUCGAAGCGUAAACCAAAACCAAGUAACAUGACUCUUGGGGAAAAACAAAACUGAUUAGCCACUUCCUAAUCGGAGCAGGGUACCAGGUCUAGUGAUAAACCGCAAAACAUCUAUGGACUCUUUGGAGGGACAGGAAAUAUAGGUUUAAACUCGUUUGUCUCUCCAAACAGUUCAUAGAUGCUUUGCGGUUCGCGACUAGACCCAGUACGCUGCUCGAUUGGGAAAUGGCUAAUUUACUAGUUCUGUAGUUCAACUGAGUGAACUGGUCAAUAUGAAGUUA